AUGACAGGAAGACUAGUGUGUCGAGGAUCUUCCUCCGGCAAGGCUAACAAGGACGCACAGGGGGUCUACCGGGCUAUAGGAGCGCCGUUCGCUGAGAGCACCGACGCCCUCGUCACUACGGACUACGAUGGCGUUCUGGAAGUCCUCAAGGGUACCCAUGUUUUCAUAAAGGAAAAGUCCUACUUGGAUUUCGCGAUCGAGGAGGACUCGAACGCCAGCGGGAAGUACCGUCUCGCCCUCGCCAAGUCCCACUUCUUCCCCGCCAACUUCGGCUGGGUGUUCCCCGAGGGCGAUCCACUCAAGGUCCUCUUCGACAAGGAAUCCAGUUUGGCAAAGAAUCCUAAGACUCUGAAGGAAUCUAAUCCCACAGCACACGUUUCCCUUGAUCCUUUCUGA